AGAGAGAGGGAGAGAAAGAGAUAAACCACACAUUCACUUCUCACCACACACCCACAGACACCGCACACUCAGCGCUGCACCUGCUCCAGCACCGAGAGCCAAGAUGGUCUCUUACUGCUGGAUGACGGCUCUUCUUCUGGCGGCCAUAACUGCAGGCCAUGUCAGCGGCAGCACUUUUUUUGAAGCUACCGAGAGGAACUGCUCUCUGUCGCCCCCGCACCUUCCCAGCACGGCAGUGAACACCAGCGUCCGCCUGCAGGAGUUACGCCAGCAGAUGCACUCGUCCAACAUCUCCGCCUACAUCGUCCCAGGCACCGACGCCCACCUGAGCGAGUACAUAUCACCGCGAGACGCCAGGAUGGCCUUCAUGACCGGCUUCACUGGCUCUGCAGGCACCGCCGUGGUCACGCCCGGCAAAGCGGCGCUGUGGACGGACAGUCGCUACUGGGUCCAAGCCCAGAGACAGAUGGACUGCAACUGGGAUCUGCAAAAAGAUGUGUCCAUAAGCAGCAUAGCAGAGUGGCUAAUCUCGGAGAUACCGCAUGGAGGUCUGAUUGGCUUCGAUCCCUUCCUCUUCUCCCAUCAGUAAGUCUCUACCCGCGCCCCCGUCAAAACGCAGGAAGACUACAGCACGAGUCUGGAGUCAGGCAAUCGAAGUCUCAAGUCGAUGCCUGGCAACCUGGUGGACCGAGUGUGGAAGGAGGAGAGACCUCCCAUCCCUCCUGACAGCCUCAUCCGCCUGCCGGACAGAGUCAUACAAAGGUCCUGGCAGAUGAAAGUGGAGCAAAUCCGCCAUCAGAUGAAGGAGAAUCCCUAUGAGCCAACUGCACUUCUGCUGUCAGCGCUGGAUGAAACGGCCUGGCUGUUUAAUAUGCGCGGCAACGACAUCCCGUACAACCCUUUCUUCUACUCCUACACACUGCUGACCCUGGACGAGAUCAGGCUGUUUGUACACACGGACAGACUGUCAGAGGAGAUGAGCGUGUACCUGAACGCCUCGUGCAGCGGGUCGCUCUGCGUCCAGCUCAAGAGCUACGACUCCGUCCUGGAUGACCUGAAGAAGUACGUGAGCCAGCCGGGGGUCAAAGUGUGGAUCGGCACCGAGUACACAAACUACGCUCUUUAUGAGGUCAUCAAACCUGAGGAGAAACUAAUGAGCAGCUCCUAUUCUCCCGUGUUGACCACCAAAGCGGUGAAAGAUGAGACGGAGCAGCGCAUCUUAAGGGACGCUCACGUGAGAGAUGCGGUGGCUGUCAUCCAGCUGCUCAUGUGGUUGGAGAAGGCGGUGCCAACAGGGAAGGAGACGGAGCUGAGCGCCUCCGCCUACGUCAAUCAUUGUCGCAGCAAACAGAAAGAUAACAGAGGUCCAAGCUUUGAAACAAUCUCUGCAAGUGGACCCAAUGCUGCACUGGCACAUUACAGCCCCACAGGGGAAACAAACAGGAAGCUGACAGCAGAUGAGAUGUACCUGGUGGACUCUGGUGGUCAAUAUCUAGACGGCACCACUGACGUCACCAGGACGGUCCACUGGGGCACGCCCACUGCUAUGCAAAAGGAAGCCUUCACUCGGGUGCUUAUGGGGAAUAUUGAAAUAUCAAGAACCAUAUUUCCUGCGGGAACCAGAGGUGUUAAUAUGGAGAUGCUGGGCCGCAGAGCAUUGUGGGAAGUGGGCCUCAACUACGGCCACGGGACGGGGCACGGUGUCGGGAAUUAUUUCGGAGUUCAUGAGUGGCCAGUUGGUUUCCAGGGCAACAACAUUCCCUUUAGAGAAGGCAUGUUUACAUCUAUAGAACCUGGUUAUUACAAGGAGAAUGACUUUGGCAUCCGCAUUGAAGACGUUGCCGUGGUAGUGCCCGCCCGUACCAAGUACGGCCAUGACUAUUUGACCUUUGACACCGUGUCCUUGGUGCCUUAUGACAGGAAGUUGAUUGACACCUCUCUUCUAAGCUCAGUCCAGCUCAAGUGGCUAAACACGUACUACGAGACUAUCCGCAGGCUGCUGGGACCCGAGCUGGACCGGCAGGGUCUCCACGAGGAGGGCCGGUGGAUGUUCAGACAUACCGAACCCUUCAGCGAGUCUGGAUCGUCCUCGUCCGUGUGCUCGUCCUCGCUGACCCUGGUCACUUUAGCCGCAGCUUUGCUCUACAACGUAGUCUGACUUGCAUGCUAACGUCACAACCGUGCAGUCUUCAUGGACAACAAUGCAGCUUUCUACUCCACAGCAGGGAUCAGUUUUGAAAAAAAGAUGUUUAUGCAUAUCAAGGCGACGUAACUUAUUUCAUGUGUUGUCUCGUUUACAGUUAACUUUUAAUAAUAAUGAAUCGUAAUGCAUUAGAUUUAUAUGGUGCUUCUCAUUAACUGAAAAAUAGCAUUUAAGUGUUUGAUUCCCCCCCCCACAUUUUCAAUAUUGAUUAUUAUAUUAUCCAUUCUCAUGUUGUAUUAUUUAUCUGAAACUGCAGAUCCUUCUGGUAAAUGAAUUAAAAUAUGAUUAACCGGCAAUUCGAAUCAUUAUUACAGAGUUUACCAUUCAGAAGGGUAUUAAAAAUACAAAACCUAAAACCAGUGAAGUUGGCACGUUGUGUAAAUGGUAAAUAAAAACAGAAUACAAUGAUUUGCUAAUCAUUGUCAACUUAUAUUCAAUUGAAUAGACUGCAAAGACAAGAUAUUUAAUGUUUGAACCGGAAAACUUUAUUAUUUUUUGCAAAUAUAAGCUCAUUUGGAAUUUGAUGCCUGCAACAUGUUUCUAAAAAACUGGCACAAGUGGCAAAAAAGACUGAGAACGUUGAGGAAUGCUCAUCAAAAAUUUGGAACAUCCCACAGGUGAACAGGCUAAUUGGGAACAGGUGGGUGCCAUGAUUGGGUAUAAAAGCAGCUUCCAUGAAAUGUUCAGUCAUUCACAAACAAGGAUGAGGCGAGGGUCACCACUUUGUCAACAAAUGUGUGAGAAAAUUGUUUAAGAACGACAUUUCUCAACCAGCUAUUGCAAGGAAUUUAGGGAUUUUACCAUCUACGGUCCCUAAUAUUAUCAAAAGGUUCAGAGAAUCUGGGGAAAUUACUGCACGUAAGCGAUGAUAUUACGGACCUUGGAUCCCUCAGGCGAUACAGCAUUAAAAAGAGACAUCAGUGUGUAAAGGAUAUCACCACAUGGGCUCAGGAACACUUCAGAAAACCACUGUCAGUAACUACAGUCGGUCGCUACAUCUGUAAGUGCAAGUUAAAACUCUACUAUGCAAAGCCAAAGCCAUUUAUCAACAACACCCACAAACACGGCCGGCUUCGCUGGGCCCGAGCUCAUCUAAGAUGGACUGAUGCAAAGUGGAAAAGUGUUCUGUGUUCACAUUUCAAAUUGUUUUUGGAAACUGUGGACGUCGUGUCCUCCAGGACAAAGAGGAAGAGAACCAUCCAGACUAUUAUAGGCGCAAAGUUGAAAAGCCAGCAUGUGUGAUGGUAUGGGGGUGUAUUAGUGCCCAAGACAUGGGUAAUUUACACUUCUGUGAAGGCACCAUUAAUGCUGAAAGGUACAUACAGGUUUUGGAGCAACAUAUGUUGCCAUCCAAGCAACGUUACCAUGGACGCCCCUGCUUAUUUCAGCAAGAGAAUGCCAAGCCACAUGUUACAUCAACGUGGCU